AUGGCGGUCGUCAACUUUCAUCCGCGGACGCCGUGGGCCAUUGCACUGACGGUGCUGUUUCUGAUAUGGACCGUCAAGUUGCUGCAAGCACCCGCAGUAACCCAUUUGCAGCCUGCCAGUCCGGUACCAGCAGUUGCAAAAGAGGCCCCGAUAGUCAACCCCUCUAUACCCAAACCGCCGUUGCCCUCGGAGGCCACGAACAUCCAAGGAGGAGGAGCGCAUGUCGCAGCACCGAACUCGGAGAAGGAAGCUGCCGUAGAGGCGUCGGCGAAAGCAAAAGAAGCCACAGCUGCUUCCACCAAAGCUGCGAUCCCACAACCUACCGCCGCGAAGGGUCCAUCAGCCUCUCCCACCGAUAGACCCUUGAUCCUCUACGCCUACAGCGAAACCCCGAACGCCCGCACAAACCUAAUCUUCUUCCUGGCGCAUGGCCUCCAUCAGAAUGCCGACUUCGUGUUUGUCAUGAAUGGCGAAUCCGACGCUACUGCUCUCAUCCCCAGCAAGUCGAAUAUCCGAAUCGUGCAGCGCGAGAAUGAUUGCUACGACCUUGGCGCCCACGCGGAUGUUCUCACAAAGGACGAUUUCUAUAAAGCGUAUCAGAGGUUUAUCCUCAUGAAUGCUAGUAUUCGUGGUCCAUUUUUGCCAGUGUGGUCGUCGGGAUGCUGGAGCGACAUGUAUCUGGGGAAGAUUACAGAUAAGGUCAAGCUCGUCGGCAUGACAGGCAACUGCCAACCCAUCUUCCACGUCCAAUCCAUGAUCUGGGCCACCGACCGCACAGGCAUCGAGCUCCUCCUCCACCCCCCCGCGGACCCCAAGCUCCCCGCCAACAAACAAGAAGUCGGCAUCAACUCGUGUUUCCACACCUGGGAGACGGCCGUCCACGCCGAGGUCUACGCUACCCAGAUCAUCCUGGCUGCGGGCUACGAGGCGUCGGUCAUGAUGUCUGCGUUCCACGCUAAGAGGACGUUUGUUGAGGACUGUGAUAAGGGCGGGAAUGGUGAUGCGCUGUGGAAUGGGAAGUAUUAUGGUACGAAUGUGCAUCCGUAUGAGACAGUGUUUAUGAAGUCGAAUCGCGAUAUUGAUCCUAUACUCAUGACGCGCUUAACGGAGUGGACGGAUGGGGGUGGGUAUAGUAGUUAUGACCACUGUUGA